AUGGUAACGAAAGCAUAUAGAAAUAUUCCAAAUACUCCAAAUCAAUUAUCGAUCAAUUAUCUCAAUUACAUUCUUUUCCAGCAACUCCUCAACUACUUGUGCCUCCUUCUGCUGAACCAAGCGACGAUGCACGUCGGUGUAACUUCGAAACGCCUGCACCUCAAGAUCCUCGUGCCCGACGUGAUCAACCACCACACUCACACGAGGACGGUGCUCCUCCACGUCCACGUGCCAACGCCUACGAAACCGACGAGAGCCUACAAGCAGAGGCACGAGUACCACUCGAAUUGGAGCUCGUGGACUCGUGGCCGCUACCACAAUCACAGGGACGAGUACGGGGAUCACGAGCUCGACCACGAGACCUAUCACGACGAGAAACGGAAUCAGAAACGGCGCAAGCACAAGCAUCUCCACGAUUAUCACAAGGAGCUUCCCUCGCUGGAGGGCAACGAACUGGAGGAGGAGAGGGAUCGUGACGGUUACGCGGUGCACGAGGACGUGGACGAGGACUUGCCCCCAAACACGGAGACGGUGUCUUACAAUUACGAGGAGGGGUACAGGAAGGGCGGGGAGGUGGAGAGCGGGCACGUUCGAGCGGAUCAGACGCGCAAGUUCCACGAGGAUCGCCGCGAGGAGCAAGGGGAGCAGGGCGGAGACGGCUUCAAGGACGAGUUUGAAACGAAGACGGGCGCCGGCAGAUACUUGGUCGACGACGUGGAGUACGAGAAUACCAGGGACAAACGUCAUCACGAAGGUCGGAGAGCGGGAAAGAUUUCGUAA